ACAGCCUUCGUUCUCUUUCACUCCCGCCAUUCCCUCCCUGCCCUUCAAACUCGAGAAGCAAUUUUUUUUUUAAUUUCAAAAAUCAACCAAAACCAUCUUCUCCAAACUAAUCAAGCAAAAAAGAAACUCCAUCUCUGGAGGAUCGUCCGAGUCCGUUCAUGUCCGUGGCUGCCUGCCCUCCGUCGUCGGAGCAGAGCAGGCAGCACGCGUACGUACAGGCCGCAGCCAUCAUGGGCCAAUGCUGCUCCAAGGGCGCCGGGGCGGCGGCCGAUGACGCGGCGGCGCCAGACGCAAAGGCGGAGGCGCCGAGCCGCGCCGCGUCGAACGGUGGCCAGGAGCGGCCGUCGGCGUCGUCGUCGGCGGCACCUGCUGCUGGUACCAAUAACAAGCAGGCGGUGGCGGCGUCGCCGUCCGGCGGCAGGGCCAGCACGGGCACGAGCAGCAGCAAGCCACCGGGCCCCCUUGGCGCGGUGCUGGGGCGGCCCAUGGAGGACGUGCGCGCGGCCUACUCCAUGGGCAAGGAGCUCGGGCGCGGGCAGUUCGGCGUGACGCACCUGUGCACGCACAAGGCGAGCGGCGAGAAGCUGGCGUGCAAGACGAUCGCGAAGCGGAAGCUGGCGACCAAGGAGGACGUGGAGGACGUCCGGCGGGAGGUGCAGAUCAUGCACCACCUCUCCGGCCAGCCCAACGUGGUGAGCCUCCGGGGCGCCUACGAGGACAAGCACAACGUGCACCUGGUCAUGGAGCUCUGCGCCGGCGGCGAGCUCUUCGACCGCAUCAUCGCCAAAGGGCAGUACACGGAGCGCGCCGCCGCGUCGCUGCUGCGCACCAUCGUGCAGAUCGUGCACACCUGCCACGCCAUGGGGGUGAUGCACAGGGACAUCAAGCCCGAGAACUUCCUGCUCCAGAGCAAGGCCGAGGACGCGCCGCUCAAGGCCACCGACUUCGGCCUCUCCGUCUUCUUCAAGGAAGGGGAGGUGCUGCGGGACAUCGUCGGCAGCGCAUACUACAUCGCGCCGGAGGUGCUCAAGAGGAGGUACGGACCGGAGGCCGACAUCUGGAGCGUCGGCGUCAUGCUCUACAUCUUCCUCGCCGGCGUGCCUCCAUUCUGGGCAGAGAAUGAGAACGGCAUCUUCACCGCCAUCCUGCGCGGGCAGCUUGACCUCUCCAGCGAGCCAUGGCCGCACAUUUCACCGGGAGCCAAGGAUCUCGUCAGGAAGAUGCUCCACAUCAACCCCAAGGAGCGACUAACCGCGUUCCAGGUCCUCAAUCACCCAUGGAUCAAAGAAGACGGGGAUGCACCUGAUACACCACUUGACAAUGUUGUCCUCAACAGGCUCAAGCAGUUCAGGGCCAUGAACCAGUUCAAGAAAGCAGCGCUGAGGAUCAUAGCUGGCUGCCUGUCUGAAGAGGAGAUCACUGGGCUCAAGGAGAUGUUCAAGAACAUCGACAAAGAUAACAGCGGGACCAUUACGCUUGAAGAGCUCAAAAACGGGUUGGCAAAGCAUGGACCCAAGCUAUCAGACGGUGAACUUCAGCAGCUGAUGGAAGCAGCUGAUGCUGAUGGCAACGGGUUAAUUGACUACGACGAGUUCGUCACCGCGACAGUGCACAUGAACAAAUUGGAUAGAGAGGAGCACCUUUACACAGCGUUUCAGUAUUUUGACAAGGACAACAGCGGGUACAUUACGAGAGAAGAGCUUGAGCAAGCCUUGAAGGAGCAAGGAUUGUAUGACGCCGAGAAAAUCAAAGAGGUCAUCUCAGAUGCCGACUCUGACAACGAUGGAAGGAUAGAUUAUUCAGAGUUUGUGGCGAUGAUGAGGAAAGGGACCGCUGGUGCUGAGGCAAUGAACAAGAAGAGGCGAGACAUAGUCCUAGAGUGAAGCAGCAAGUGUGUAGUGUGUAUAGCGCUCAAACAACAUGCAAGUUUUCACAACUGUACACUAAUGCAAUGGAAUUACUUUUGUGAUCAGUUGAUGGAUGGCACGGUUGUGUACGAUGUGCUAUUGAUAGCUGGUUUUGAAAGAAACUGAUAAGGAAAUGGACGAUUACAUGAUGCAUGCUA